AUGUCACAAAGGCAUAGUCCUCCAACUGAAUACACGCCUCGGGCAUGGCUGGUCAUAUUCGGCGCCUUCACGUGUGCCUUUUGCACUGUUGGCUUUAUGAAUUCGUUUGGUAUCUUCCAAGAGUACUACACAAAGAACCAACUAUCCUCAAGCUCCACCUCUACCAUCGCAUGGCUUGGCGCUAUAGCAAUGUUCUUUUUGUUCGCUAUAUCUAUCGGUGCGGGAGCAAUGCUUGAUAUUUUUGGACCAACAUUCAUGGUAUAUCUUGGCUCAUUUGGAUGUGUUUUUGCACUUAUGAUGAUUUCACUAUGCGAGGAGUUUUAUCAAUUCCUACUCGCUCAGGGCGUUUUGCUUGGUAUUUCCAUGGGUCUGGUGACAUGGCCAAUGCUUGCAUUGGUCGGGCAAUACAUCAAAGUGAAGCGUGCUGCAGCGAUGGGGAUUGUUCUUGCAGGUUCAUCGCUCGGCGGAGUAAUUUGGCCUAUUGCGAUCGACAGAUUAAUCAAUGAGCCCAUCAUCGGAUUUCCAUGGACCAUGCGAAUUGUUGGCUUUGUCAUGAUUCCUUGCUUCAUAUUCUCUUGCGCAGCUGCCAAAUCUCCGAAUAAACCUACAGCCACUGUGGAGAGUCGCGAUACAAAUCUGGCAAAUAACGGAAAUGUCACUGAACAAAAAGACAAAACGCAGAGUCACAGGGCAGAGGCCAUGGCUCUUUUGCGGAAGCCAUCGUUGCAGCUACUAUGCCUCGCCAUGUUCAUCAUAUACUUUGGCAUGUUCUCACCGUUCUUCUAUACCACUUCCUACGCGGUUGAGAAAGGAUUCUCGACAUCCCUAGCAUUCUACACUGUUUCCAUUGUGAAUGGUGCUUCAUUCUUCGGUCGGAUCAUCCCCGGCAUCAUUGCUGAUAAGUUCGGAAAAUUCAACUGUUGCAUCACAGCUACUAUAUCCGCAGGGGUUAUUGCAUUGUGCUGGACGAAGGUGACAUCGGUAGCUGGUCUGGUAAUUUGGUGCGCUGCAUACGGCUUCGCGUCUGGAGGCAUCUUAUCCCUCCAGCAAGCUUGUGCUGCCCAAGUUGCUACUUCUACCACACUUGGUUUGGCAAUCGGGACUGUGUCAGGUUCCACAGCUCUAUCUGCUAUGGCAAAUGUGCCUAUUAGCGGUGCCCUCGCCGAAAAGUAUGGUUAUCUUUCCCUGUCAAUAUUUUCGGGGGCAUCCAUGCUACUAGGUGGUCUCCUUUUGAUUGCUGCCCGUCUGGUACAGAACAGACAACUUCGAGCUAUCAUCUAA